AUGUAUACUCCAACAGUUGGUAGAUCGGUUCCUGUUUCUGGUAAUGUUAUGAAGUGUUACAGGAGAUUAUGGGGUAUCUUAAACAAUAAUAAAAUACGUCAAGAAGUACGCCGUAAUAGAUAUUAUGAAAAACCCACAAUUAGGAGGAAAAGAAUUAGAAGAGAAAUUUCUGAAGCACGUUUCAAAGAAGCUGUGAGAAAAAAAGUUUGGCUAAUUUUGCAAAUGAAAGCGAGGGGCCUCUAA